UACACAUGUUAUUUUGUGUUGUUGUGCUCGCAUGUUUUGUGGUGUUGCUGUUACGUUGAUUUUAUUGCAACACAUAUAGUGCAACAACAGCUUGCUAAUCGAAUACCACCGCUCGAGCACCUGUGAGUGAAAACUACGAGUGAGCCGAAGAGCCGUUCGUCGGAGGUCUACGACUCCCCUCUCUAUUGAUAUGGCUGUUUGUCUGUUGCGCUACUUAGUUCGUCACAGUAGCAAGCCCAGAUCACUGGUCGUCAGUGGAGCGAGCUCCCACGGUACAAUGAGCACCUACAGUACGGUGACCACCCUCAGUGCAGUGAAAACGCAGCGCAUGCAGCACAUGGCGGUACUCCGAUCGGGUGUUGGCCUGGCGGAACGAGUACUUAAUCCCCCUCUGCAGAGUAUUAAUGGAAAUCAUGGAUCGGGCAAUAUCCAAUCCAGCAGCGAUAACAAUAACAAGGAUACAGAUGCCGCCUUUGAGUUGGCCAUCAAGCAGUUGAAUUCUCUGCAGUCGAACGAUGCUGCCAUAAGGAAUUCGAUGAAAAACGCCCGCGUGGAUACCAAAGCGGAUACCAUUAAAUAUCUGGAGCGGAGUGGUCUGCCGCUGGAAACUGUCGAGCGGCUGUCCUUCAUCCAUGUGGCCGGCACCAAGGGCAAGGGCUCCACCUGCGCCUUGACGGAAUCUCUGCUUCGCCAUCAAGGUGUCCGCACGGGAUUCUUCAGCUCCCCCCACAUCCUGUUCACCAACGAGCGAAUUCGUAUCGAUGGCCAGUUGUUGGCCAAGGAUAAGUUCACGGAGCAGUUCUGGAAGGUCUACAGCCGUUUGUGGGAUCGGCGGGAACAUGAUCACGACAUGCCCGCCUACUUUAAGUUCCUGACCAUCUUGGGAUUCCAUGUUUUCGUCGCAGAGAAUGUGGAUGUGGUCGUUUUGGAAGUGGGCAUCGGUGGUGAGCACGAUUGCACGAAUAUCGUGAGAAAUGUGCGCACAGUGGGCAUCACAUCGCUGGGACUGGAGCACACGGAGCUCUUGGGAUGCACACUGCCGGAAAUUGCCUGGCAGAAGGCGGGCAUCAUCAAGACCGGAUCGCAUGUCUUCACCCAUGUCACUCAGUCGGAAUGCCUGGAGGUGAUACGUCAGCGGGCGAAGGAGAACUCGGCCACGCUCUAUGAGGUUCCACCCACCGAGGAUUACUUCCGAUCGGAGGCAUAUGCUCCGAUUUGGCAGACCUUCAGUAACUUGAUUCGCUUAAAUGGCUCAUUGGCCAUUCAAUUGGCCGAAGAUUGGUUGUCGCAAUCGGGAAAACACCAACACACUCCCAACGAGGUGAAAAUGGAUCCACAGCUGCUGGACGGACUGAUUAGCACCCACUGGCCCGGUCGGUGCCAGCUAGUCGAGUGGCACGGGAUGCGAUUACAUCUGGACGGAGCUCACACUCUGGAAAGCAUGGAAGUGUGCACGGAGUGGUUUGAAAAGAGCGUGCGAGACAGUGUCAACCCAAAGAUUCUGAUCUUCAAUCGCACCGGAAAUUCCGGUUUCGAACCUCUGCUAAAGCUCCUCCACCGCACCUGUGCCUUCGACAUGGUCUGUUUUGUGCCCAAUUUGGCCACCUCAACGCCAAAUGCUCCCAGCCAGGUGAUGGUUCGUUUUAGUCCCGAAAUGCAAUUGGAUCGGGCGAGGAUCAUUGCCUCGGCUUGGAGUGACCUCUGCGCCACGGAGCAACAAAAAGAUGUGGGUCAGGUGUAUAAUACGCUAAUCGACGCUUUUACUGCCAUCUGGCAAAGAUUUCCACAAGCCACGGACCACGACGGACAACUUGAGGUCCUCGUCACCGGUUCCAUUCAUCUGCUGGGAGCAGCUAUAAGUGCCCUAGAUCUUAUUGAGGACCCCAAAUCUCGAACUGAUAAAUAAGACGCAUUCCUAACCAGUGCAACUGGGUGAAUCACUGGGAUUGCAUAGUAGCUAUUAGAUUUAGUCGCAAGCCACUUGCAUAUCACUUAGUCGGAAUUUAAAGUGGAUCACUAAUAAAUGUAGUUGUAGUUAAUAAUGAAGCAAUGUUUAAAAUAUUGUGUAGAAAUAAAAACACUAAGAAAUGUU